ACACAGCGGAUCCUGCUUCCCGUUAGCCCCGUCAAAGCUGCAAUAUCCGAGCCUUGACAUUGCGAAGAUGGAGGCUGUUAUGGUUUAGACCAGGCUUCACGGGGACCACAGAGAGCAAGUUUCAGAGGCCUGUUAUGACAACGUACCCAGCUGGUCCAGGUGGGAGGCAGGAGGCGUGAGCAAAGAGCACCAGACAUCGGCCACCAGCAGCAUGUAUUCCGAGUGGCGCUCGCUGCAGUUGGUGGUACAGAGCGACCAGGGUCACCUCAGUGUUCUGCACACCUACCCUCCCAGUGUGGGUACAGAGGUGGCAAAUGCAGUGGUCAAGCCUCUGGGCACAGCUGUGAGCCCUGUGGCCACAGAAAACAUCCUCAAAACAGACAAAGAGGUGAAGUGGACCAUGGAGGUGCUUUGCUAUGGCCUGACCCUUCCCUUAGAAGGGGACACUGUCAAGCUGUGUGUGGACGUGUACACAGACUGGAUGAUGACCCUGGUUUCACCCAGGGACUCGAUGCCCCAGCCUGUGGUAAAGGAGCCCAAUAUGUACGUCCAGACCAUCCUCCGGCAUCUCUACAAUGUAUUUGUGCCAAGGCCUGAACAGCACAGUCUGAACCACAUCAGACUUUGCCAGCAGGUUCUAACUGCAGUCCAGAAGCUGGCACGAGAGUCUGUGUCCAUGGUGAGGGAAACCUGGGAGGUGCUGCUGCUUUUCCUGCUGCGCAUCAACGACACUUUGCUCGCUCCACCGUCUGUUGGCGUGGGGGUAGCAGAGAAACUAGCAGAGAAGCUGAUGGCAGUGCUGUUUGAGGUGUGGCUGCUCGCAUGUGCCCGCUGCUUUCCCACGCCGCCAUAUUGGAAGACUGCAAGGGAAAUGCUGUCCAAUUGGAGACAUCAUCCUCCUGUUGUAGAGCAGUGGAGCAGAGUAGCUUGUGCUCUGACUUCAAGACUGCUGCGGUUUACUCACGGACCAUCCUUCCCACCUUUUAAAGUUUCUGAUGAAGAUGCCAACUUGAUUCCUGUAGAGAUGGACAACGACUGUGUGGCGCAGACGUGGUAUCGCUUUCUCCACAUGAUCGGCAACCCGGUGGACUUGAGCAACCCUGCGAUAGUGAGCACCACUCCGAAAUUUCAAGAGCAGUUUCUGAACUCGAGUGGGAUUCCCCAUGAAGUAGUAUUGCACCCAUGUUUGAAACAGCUACCCCAGAUCUUCUUCAGGGCCAUGAGGGGCAUCAGCUGCCUUGUCGAUGCAUUCCUAGGUGUCUCUGUUGAAAAGAGAGAUGUACGCGAGAAGGUGUUCUCUUUUUGUCCCGUGCCGCUCUCUCAUGGUAUAUCACGUCCUCGGGCUGACAGUGCCCCGCCCACCCCGGUGAACAGAUUGAGUAUGUCCCCACCCCCCUCCGUCGCCAACACUACGCCCCCGCACAGCCGCAAACAGCGACACGCAGUGGUCACGAAAACUGCAAGCAAGAGCUCAACAAGUAGCAGUAGUCAACCAGCCAAAGCAUCCCAGCAGCAACAGUCAUCUUCCCCGACCCUGCUCUCCAGCCCCAAUCAGAGCAGCUGGGAGGCCCGGCCCCUGCCGGCCCCAGCGAGGCCAAAGGUCAACAGCAUCCUCAACCUGUUCGGCCAGUGGCUUUUCGAUGCCGCUCUGGUGCACUGCAAACUCCACAGCGGCCUCAGCCGAGACCCCAGCAUGACGGCCUCUUUUAUCCAAAUUCUCCUUUCUUAUAAAUCUUCAAUAGCCACUCAAAUGGGGUUGGAGCUGAGAAGGAAGGGUUCCCAAAUGUCCACUGACUCUAUGGUGCCCAACCCUCUGUUUGAUAUCAACGAGUUCCCUGAGAGCUACGAGGCUGGACGAGCCGAGGCCUGCGGGACUCUCUGUCGCAUCUUUUGUAGCAAGAAAACUGGAGAGGAUAUCCUUCCUGUUUACCUGUCAAGGUUCUACAUGGUUCUGAUUCAGGGUCUCCAGAUCUCUGAUUUCAUCUGUAGACCGGUUUUGGCUUCUAUCAUUCUCAACUCUUCAUCUCUUUUCUGUACCGACCUGAAGGGGAUCAAUGUUGUGGUGCCCUAUUUCAUUGCUGCUCUGGAGACUAUUGUGCCAGACAGGGAGCUGUCAAAAUUCAAGAUGUAUGUAAAUCCUACAGACUUGAGAAGAGCUUCCAUUAAUAUUCUUCUAGCCAUGCUGCCUCUGCCCCACCACUUUGGCAACAUAAAAUCUGAGGUUCUGUUGGAGGGCAAGUUCAAUGAGGAAGAUGGAUGGCCCCAUGACCAGCCUGUUUCCUUCUUAUCUCUGAGGCUACGGCUCGUUAAUGUCCUCAUCGGAGCUCUGCAGACUGAGACUGAUCCCACCAACACCCAACUAAUCCUCGGCGCAAUGCUGAAUAUUGUUCAAGACUCUGCGUUGUUGGAGGCCAUAGGAGCACAGACGGAAACGGGCAGCAUAGAUGGAAACCACGUGACGCUGAGAAGUCACAGUCGGACCAACAGUGGCAUCAGCUUUAACAGCGGAGGCAGCACAGAGGCCACCAGUCCAGACUGUGAACGUCCCGCGCAGGCGCUGCUCCGCGACUAUGCUCUUCCAGAUACCGCGGCAGGCCUGCUGGUACGCAGCAUCCAUCUGGUGACACAGAGACUCAAUUCUCAGUGGAGACAAGACAUGAGCAUUUCACUUGCUGCCCUGGAGCUGCUAGCGGGACUUGCCAAGGUAAAGGUGGGAGUAGAUUCUGCAGACCGUAAACGUGCCGUCAGCUCCAUCUGUGGCUAUAUUGUGUACCAGUGUAGCCGUCCCGCUCCUCUUCAGUCCAGAGACCUUCACUCCAUGAUCGUAGCUGCCUUCCAGUUUCUCUGCGUGUGGCUCACAGAGCACCCCAACAUGUUGGACGAGAAGGAUUGUUUGAUGGAAGUAUUGGAGAUAGUAGAACUGGGAAUCUCUGGGAGUAAGUCACGCCAUGAACAGGAAGUUCGCCAUAAAGCGGAGAAGGAACACAAUCCAGCUUCGAUGAGGGUAAAGGAUGCCGCUGAGGCCACCUUGUCUUGCAUCAUGCAGGUGUUGGGGGCCUUCCCUUCUCCCAGCGGACCUGCAUCCACCUGCAGCCUGCUAAAUGAAGACACUCUGAUACGUUACGCCAGACUAAGUGCCACAGGAGCCUGCAAUUUCCGCUACUUCGUCCUGGACAACUCUGUGAUUCUUGCGAUGCUGGAGCAACCUCUUGGCAAUGAGCAGAACCCCAGUCCGUCAGUGACUGUUCUGAUCCGGGGAACAGCUGGAAGACAUGCCUGGACAAUGCAGCUCUUUCAUCAACCAAGAGGAGCUCGUGCCAAUCAGAGGAUGUUUGUUCCCGAGAGCCGCCCGACACCAAACAACGACGUAGGCAUCAGAUACAAUGUCAAGCAAAGGCCCUUCCCAGAGGAGGUGGAUAAGAUCCCUCUUGUUAAAGCUGAUGUCAGCAUUCCAGACCUGGAUGAUAUUGUCAGUAAGGAGGUGGGUUGUAUGGGCUGGGAGGAUGAUUCAGCAACCACAAGUUCACGGAUGAGUAAUUACCUGGAAAUUCAGCAUGACAAGCUUCGCAUUCUGAUGGCCAAGCAGAUCGAGUAUGAGAAUACGUUGGAGCGACGCAGUGAGGAGCUCUUAAAGUCAAAGUCAUUCCCAGACCCACAGACGGACUGCAAACCUCCCCCUCCCUCCCAGGAGUUCCAGACAGCACGCCUCUUCCUCUCCCACUUUGGUUUUCUGUCUCUGGAAGCACUGAAAGAACCAAACAACAGUCGCCUACCUCCUCAUCUGAUUGGUCUGGACUCGUCCUUGCCGGGCUUUUUCGAUGACGUCAGCUAUCUGGAUCUGCUUCCCUGCCGACCGUUUGACACUGUCUUUAUUUGCUACGUCAGGGCAGGACAGAAAAGCAGCUCUGAGAUUCUAAGAAAUGUGGAGUCAUCAGCUACUGUCCAGCCCCACUUCUUGGAGUUCCUGUUUUCUUUGGGCUGGCCUGUGGACGUGGGUCAUCAUCCAGGGUGGACGGGACACCUUGACACCAGCUGGUCCCUAAACUCCUGCUUCGACAGCACUGAUCUGCAAACAGAGGAAGCAGCUACUCCUGAGGACACUGGAGGUUCAGUGUUCAACGGAGAGAAGAAGGUUUUGUACUACGCUGAUGCGCUUACAGAGAUUGCCUUUGUUGUUCCCUCUUUAACAGAAACUUCAGAAGAGUCAUCUGUGCACAGUGACUCCACAGUGGAGGCGGACACCAAUACAGACCUCAAACCUGAAAAACAAUCCAAUCUCACACUGGAACUGUUCCCCAACCAUUCUGAGAGCCUAGAGUCUGCUAAAAAGCUGAGUCCUUUGGUGAAGACAAAGAGGUCAUCGACUGGAAAGUCUUACCCCCAGCUGGGCCCUGAGACGAAGGUGUUUGUAGUCUGGGUGGAGCGCUUCGAUGAUAUCGAGAACUUCCCGUUAUCUGAUCUCUUGGCGGAAACCAGCACAGGCUUGGAGGCCAGCAUGAGCAACAGCACUUCCUGCAGGUCAGGGUUAUUAGAAAAGGAUGUUCCUCUGAUCUUCAUUCACCCCUUGAAGACAGGACUCUUCCGGAUUCGGCUGCAUGGAGCUGUGGGAAAAUUUGGCAUGGUGAUCCCCCUGGUGGACGGCAUGGUGGUCAGCCGCAGGGCUCUAGGGUUUCUUGUGCGUCAAACGGUGAUCAACGUGUGCAGACGGAAGCGCCUGGAAAGUGACUUGUACAACCCUCCACAUGUGAGGCGAAAACAGAAAAUCACAGAAAUUGUGCAGCGUUACCGCAACAAACAACUGGAGCCUGAGUUCUACACCUCCCUCUUCCACGAGGUCGGGGACGGAAAGCCUCACCUCUAACCUUGCCCUUCUGUCCUGUCCCAACACUGGCUCACAAGCGCACACACAUAUCCACGUACACACACACACCACACGCUCUUAUUCUGAACCCACACAACAUACAAAUGCGUACACACACACAAAAUCUUUAUAUUUAUACUGUACUAUUUUGUUAUUUAUAUGAAUACAUAUAUCAACAACACUGUUUGCCUUUGACUCUGAGAUCAAAGUGUCAAAAACCACGCCAAGGAUAGGCGAAACACCAACAUUUUGCUUCGAUCUGAAUGGUGAAAGUUUAACAGUCACUGUCUUCGCUCUCAUUUAGAUUCAUGGUUUGCGACAAAAAGGUUUGCCUGGUCCUCAAUGCAAUACAUGGGUAACAAUGUUGGCCUUCCUGAAUCUUUGUUCUUUACACCUGUGUGAUGUUGGAUGAUUUCAUGAGGUUCAGUAAUGCAAAACUGUGCCCAGAUCUGUUUUUCUUUCCCCCAAUAAAGCCGAUUUUACUUUGGAUUUUAGCCAAGGAUACACACACCUAAUCAACAUUACCAUGUUUUACAAUAUAGACCUCAAGCAAAGUUGACCCAUAAUCUUAUUUUACCACAAACUAUCAACAGCCAGAUUUCUUGCUAACGCCAGCUAUAGUCUUCCUCGUGCAUACACACAUUUGGCCUGACUGAGCGCACAGACUGUGCUCAUAGGUUUUCUCCGAUUUACAAGAUUUCUUGUUGUUUUACUGAUUGUGGAUGUCAUUUUUGAUACCUCUGUGCUUUGUGCAUGGCUCUCCUGUCACACAGCCACCACUCGUGUGUGUGUGUGUGUGUGUAUACAUGGCCAUUUGUUUGCCUGUUCAGCCAGUUGACACUACAUUACGUCAGGGAGCUCUAAGAGCCCAAUACGUGACAUUUAAAAACUCAAAUCUGUCACUUUAAAUGAUUGAAAAGAUUAUACACUUAUUAUUUUAUUGCUUUCAUUUAGUUUUUCAGAAUCUGACAACUCAGACACCUUUAGUUUAUUAGUGCUGGAGUUUACUGAUGGUGUGAGCUAUAGCAGGGAUCCUGAGGUUUGCACUUGAUGUUUGCAGGGCUAACCUUAGAUAAACCACAGAUCUAUUUUAGAGCUGCAGUCUCUGCUGAUACCAAACUAAACCAUUGCACAGUUUUGAUUAUCUCUCCCUCUCUCUUUUAAACAGCAUCUGUAUGAUAGUUGUUCCGGUUGAAAUGCUCGAUGUAGCUAACAAUAAUGAACAGCGCACACAUCUUGAGCCAGCCUUCAUGUAUAAAAGGAACGGCUAAAGAUUUCUGCACAGUGCUGUAUAACUCAGUCAGGUUUGCUGAUUUAAGCUGUAUUUCUUUUGAAAUUCCCAAAACAAAACUAAUGUUUCACUUCUCAGUUCUGUUAAGUUUUCACAAAUCUGCAUCUAACUUUAAUUUUGCUUAAUGAAUGGUUUCACUCGUGUUUAUUCACUGUACCUUGGUUUGGAUUAAUGCCCUCCGACUGUCUGCCUGUAGUAAUGUGAAUUUAUUUAUCACAGAGAUGAAACGGCAAACAAACACCUCUUAGUUUCAUUCAUAUAUAUUGGAAAGUCUUAAUGCACUGAGCACAUUUUAAAGGUUUUUUUUUUUUUUUGUUACCUUACAUGUCUUUUUGUACUUUUUUGCAUUUUGAAAGAAAACCCCUGCUGAAGGAAGAGUUUUAUCUUGUGAAAAAUGAAUGAUGAAGAGGCUUUGUGGAGUUUUUAACCUAUCAUGUCUAAUUGUGACUCACUUUUUAUGACAGUGCUGUAUGCACAUGCCUUUUCUGGAAGGAGAGUUCAUUAAAUAUGCUUCAAAGAAACCGCAUACAAUCAAACACACGUUGUAUCCUGUUACUCCUCUGUCGUUGGACCGUAUUUAAGGACUUGCUAUGUAUAAAAGUGGAAGAUUUGUAAAUAUAUGAUAGCCUAAGGCAUUCACAAGUUGUCUGUUGUGUUCCUCAGCUGAGGCGACAGAAAAAUGUAUGUAUGUAUGUAGUUAUGUGUGGGAGGAAUGCAAUGGGUUUUGAAUGUAACAUGCAUCAAUUAAAACUAUUAUUGACCUUUUA